AUGUCAUCUAAUUCAAGAAGACAACAAUAUGGAAGACAACAACGUGAAGAAACUAAACAAACGAGACCGCGUAAUCAAAAUUAUGCUCAAUCUACAAAUACAAGCUGGGGAAAUCUAGAUAUGAAUUCUCCACAACCAAAACCAGAAGAAACAAAGAAAUUUGAACAACCAGCUUCACCUUCUUUCCCAGCGCAAGAGAACAAACCACAAAUGAUGCCACAAGAACCAGUUCAACAACAAAUUCAACCAACUCAACCAAAACAAAGGGAAGAAAGAAAACCAAGAAAUACACUUCGCGUUCCACAAGAUCUUGCAUCUAUUAAAACUAAUGUAUAUCACUUUGGUCUAUUUAUUAAGAGAAAUCAAUCAUCUGAACAACCAAAGAUUGUUUUAACAAAUCAACAGCAACCAUACAAACCACCUCAACAACAACCGAUACCAGAACCUAAGAAACAAGAAGUUCCAGAACCAGUUGUUCAAAAUAAUAGAUCAAUCAGACAACAGACACCACCACCAGCCAAAAUUAGACCAGAGCAACCUCAGCCACAAAUUACAAAUCAACCAAAGCCUACAGAUUUCCAACCAAGGCAAUUUAAUCCACAAACUGCUCCAGCUCAACCACAAAUUGCUCCAACUCAACCACAAAUGCCAAUGGGAGGUAUGACACCAAAACAAUACUUAGAUUUCCAGAAAUUCCAACAAAUGCAAUCAGAUCCAGAACUUUACCAAAGUUUUCUUAAAUUCGCUAGAUUUAACCAGAUGUAUUCACAAGGCCAAAUGAAUCCAUUCGGACAGAUACAGUAUCCUCCACAAAUGGGAUAUCCACAACCACAGAUGGGAUAUCCACCUCAAAUGCAGUUCGCUCCUUAUGGGCAACAAAUGGGAUUUAACCCUAUGCCUCAGAACCAACAACAACCACAACAAUAUCCAAGAUAA